AUGAGUGUUGGAGAAGAGCACAUUUUUAGGUCGGCGCCAAUGGCGCUGAUUCAAAUAUAUGUUGCUUCUGAGGUCUGCCGGGAGAUUGUUGGCGAGCUCGCACAAUUAGAGACGGUGCAAUUCCGCGAUCUCAACGACACGCAGACGUCGUUCCAGCGCACGUUUAUUACAGAAAUACGCCGCCUCGAGGCAGCAAAGCGCGGUCUGAACACGCUGAUGAAGCAGCUCGAAGUGGCUGCCGUUCCUGCUGCUCCGCUGCCGGACGCAAUCCUCGAGCAGCCGUUAUUACCUCCCUCAGAGGUGGACGAUUUACUAGCGGAGAUUGAAGCAGUUGCUGCAAAAAUAACCGAGCUGGCUAAUUCCCGGACAACAAUGGAGCACCGCCGAGACUAUUUGCUGGAAAAACGCCAGGUUUUGCGUGCCUGUGAGCAGUUCUACUCUGGAACAUCCGUUGCCGAUCUCGACCCCGCGUCCUUUGACAAAGACAACGUCCCGCUGCUCGAAGCGGGGCUGUACCGGGGUAAUGAAGAUCCUUUGGUUGAGGACACGGAGGCAUUUAACUUCAAUGUGCGUACUUCUUUGCUGGCUGGAACAAUUCCAAGAACAAAAUAUCUUGCUUUCGAGCGUAUCGCGUGGAGAGUUUCCCGUGGCAAUUUGUACAUGACGCAUUUCCCAAUCGAGCAGCCUGUAUCGGGCGUAUAUAUGGAUUCUUUUGUUUGUUAUACACAUGGUGACGCCACGUUGGCCAAAAUACGCAGACUGGCGGAGAGUAUGGAUACUCAUCUGUUCGACGUCGAUGGCGACAGCGAGCUUCGGAAAAUAGAGCUAGACACUACCAAUGCCCAACUGACGGAAAUUUUCAAGGUUCUGGAUUCGGCAACGGCUCAUCUAGGUGUCGAACUCGAGCUUGUUGCUAACCAGCUUACUACAUGGCAGGCCAUGCUGGCUAAAGAGAGCUUGGUGUAUCAAACAUUGAAUAUGUUCAGCUAUGACGCCCACCGUCGUAGUUUAAUUGCAGAGGGCUGGGUACCAAGAGAUAAAAUCGGUCUCAUCCAAGCCACUCUUGCUAGAGUUGCUGAGCGUGAGGGCGUACGAACACCCUCAGUGGUCCAUGAGAUUCAAACUACGAGGUCUCCGCCCACAUACCACCGCACAAACAAGUUCACCGCUGCGUUCCAAGCAAUUGUCGAUGUGUAUGGUAUCGCCUCGUAUCAAGAAGUCAAUGCUGCAUUGCCGGCUAUUGUUACUUUUCCGUUUAUGUUUGCAAUUAUGUUUGGUGACGUGGGCCAUGCCAUCAUUCUCAGUCUUGCGGCACUUUCGCUAGUACUGCGCGAAAAUACAAUUGCCAAAAUGCGUCGUGAUGAAAUAUUCGAUAUGGCGUUCAGCGGCCGCUAUGUGCUUCUGCUAAUGGGAUUGUUUUCUCUUUUCACGGGGGUUGUGUAUAACGACGUUUUCUCGAAAUCAAUGACAAUCUUUUCUUCUGGAUGGAAAUGGCCAGAACACGCAGCGGGUGAAACUGUCUCGGCCAGCUUUACGGGGCACACUUAUCCCUUUGGAAUUGACUGGGCUUGGCAUGGGGCGGAAAACAACCUGCUGUUUACCAAUUCCUACAAAAUGAAGAUGUCUAUUCUUAUGGGCUUUUUGCACAUGACUUACUCGCUUGUAUUCCAACUAGUGAACGCUCUACAUUUUGAUUCAUGGGUGGACGUUGUGGGCAACUUCAUCCCCAGUGUGCUCUUCAUGCAGAGCAUCUUUGGUUACUUGGCGGCUACCAUUCUGUAUAAAUGGAGUGUGGACUGGAUUGGACAAAACAAGCCUGCCCCCGGACUGCUUGAUAUGUUGAUCAAUAUGUUUUUGAGCCCCGGGACUAUUGAACAGCAACUGUAUCCUGGCCAGAAAUUCGUGCAAGGCCUGCUUGUUCUUGUAGCACUUGUUUGCGUGCCAUGGUUGCUGUUGUUCAAGCCAUUGUAUCUGCGACGGCUUAAUACUUCUGCACAGCGUCAGGGGUAUUCUAGCAUGCAGGAGCAACAGCACGAAAACCAAUUGUUUGCGCUGGAAGAAGAUGCCGACGAGGAAAUGAUCAUCCAAGAUGCCCACAGCGAAGAUGCACACGAGAAGUUUGAGUUUAGCGAGGUCAUGAUUCACCAGGUUAUUCACACCAUCGAGUUCUGUCUAAAUUGUGUGUCCCACACUGCGUCCUACCUGCGGUUGUGGGCGUUGUCGCUAGCGCACAACCAGCUGUCGUCCGUGCUGUGGGACAUGACGAUCCAAAACGCGUUUGGUCCCACUGGAGCCAAAGGAGUCGUCACGGUUGUCUGUCUCUUUGCCAUGUGGUUUGUCGGAACAGUUGUUGUGCUCGUUUGUAUGGAGGGAACCUCUGCCAUGCUUCACUCACUGCGACUUCACUGGGUCGAGGCCAUGUCAAAACAUUUCGAGGGCGAAGGCGUAGCAUUCCAGCCACUGGAAUUCAAAAGUCUACAGUCGCAGAUCGAAUAA